AUGCCGUUCUCUCAUCACAGUCACUCGGGUCAAUUUUGCCCUGGCCAUGCCAAAGACUCCCUCGAGGAGGUCAUUCAGACCGCCAUCAAGAAGAAGAUGCAAGUCUUUUGUCUGACGGAGCACAUGCCCCGCGAGGCCGUUGACUUUUAUCCUGAAGAAAUUGAAUCCGGCGAAACAGAAGCCCACCACAUCAGCAACGAACAAGCCUACUUUGCCGAGGCCCUCCAACUUCGCAGCAAAUACGCCUCUCAAAUCUCUAUCAUCAUCGGCUUCGAGUGUGACUGGAUUCGACCCUCAUCACUCACCCUCAUCAAUCAGUCACUGUCUCGCCUCCCCUUUGAAUUCUUCGUCGGGUCCGUGCAUCACAUGCACACGGUCCCCAUCGACUAUGACCACGAGAUGUAUGCGCGCGCCCGUGAGAUCGCCGGGGGCUCUGAUGAGCGUCUCUUUGAAGAUUACUUUGAUGCGCAGCUGGAUAUGCUCCGUGCCCUCAAGCCGCCGGUCGUGGGGCACUUUGAUCUUAUCCGGUUGAAGAGUGAUGAUCCGGAGCGGAGUUUCAAGACUUGGCCGGGGGUUUGGAGUCGGAUUUUGAGGAAUUUGGACUUUGUGGUGGAGUAUGGAGGACUGGUGGAAGUGAAUGGGGCUGCGCUGCGAAAGGGGAUGAGUGAGCCUUAUCCCAAGGCGGAGAUUUGUGAGGAACUCAUGGCUCGGGGCGGACGCUUCUGCCUCUCGGAUGACAGUCACGGGGUCGACCAAGUGAGCCUGAACUUCCACCGGGUCCUGGAAUUCUUGAAUGGCGUCGGCGUGAAUGAGCUGCAUUACCUGUCGCUUGUCGCGGAAGAAGGAGAGGAUGUGACUCCUGCACCGGACGAUCGAUUCCCUCGGACCAGGAUUGCUGCGGUGCCGAUGGAGGAGGUCCAGCAGAUGGCCUUUUGGGAGGUCUAA